AUGUUUCCAUUUUUGCUGGUGGAAUUGAAGUCAGUAGUGAUUUAUCUUCAACGAAAUAAAUUUCGAUGGCUUAUUAAUAAUAUUCAUAAGCCCAUUUUAUUGUUAAAGUAUUCUUCAGAUUUAGGAGUCCUUACAAUCAUCAGAACAGCAAUAGUGUUUCAAAACUUCGACUACACAAUAUUUGUCCUUGCAUUAAUCUCUGUUAUAUGCAUAGCCGUCCUUCCAAUGAAAUUAUUCCUACGCACCCGUGAAUUCCCAAUCCGGGGAUUAUUCCCAUUCGACGUAACCCAGAGCCCAAUUUUCGAAAUAAUCUUGGGCAGUCAAUGCUAUGGAUUAUUUAUCGCUUGCGUGUGGACCCUCGUCUUCGACACAUCGCUUCUAGGAUUGAUCAGAUGGAUCAACGUGCAAUUGAUCAUCCUCCAAGCGAAUUAUCGUCAUUGCGAUGACAUCACCACAUCCCGCGCCAGUAUUUCAGUAUCUCAGAAAAACUACAACAUCAUCCAGGCCUACCAAUUCUUAAAAGUACCCGAUGAGCAAGAGGAAAUCCGGUCUUUUGUGCCGUUUACUCUCGAAGAAGCUAACGUUGCAGUCGAUUCAUUUCUUCUGAGAUUCCGAGCUUGUGUCAUUCACCAUCGACGGCUUAUCGACAAUCUCAACGACUGCAAUAGCUCUUUUGGCUUUGUGUUGUUUGGACAGGUAGUUACAAGUGUUAUUCUCAUCUGCUUUGGGCUUUUCGUCCUUAUUGUGUCGCUGCACGAAAAUAAAGUCAACUUCACAGACGUUGUUAUGUUGGGAUGUGGAUUGACCCAAUUAUUUUACUGGUGCAUCUACGGCAAUCAACUGAUGAUUGAAAACGACAAAUUGUGGAUCAGUAUUUACGAAUGUGGCUGGGAAAACCAUUUAUCUAGAAAAUCUAAGCAACUUAUUUCAAACGGCUUAACACAAGGAUUGACUCCUAUGAAAAUGACCGCUGGAGCGUUAUUUGUCUUUUCUAUGCAAACAUUCUUAUCGGUA